AUGGUGGUGGGGGCGCCGGCCUCCCGGGCGCUCCUACUGCUGCCGUGGCUCCUGCCGCUGCCGCAGGUGGCGCUGGGCUUCGCGGACGGCAGCUGCGACCCCUCGGACUUGUGCCCGCCCCAGGCCCGCUGGAGCAGCCUGUGGCACGUGGGGCUUAUCUUACUCGCUGUCCUUCUGCUGCUGCUGUGUGGGGUCACAGCCAGCUGUGUCCGGUUCUGCUGCCUCCGGAAACGGGUACACAGCCAGCCACAGCUGCCACCAACACCUCAGCCUUGUGACCUGACGGUCAGCCCUAUGGAUAGUGACAGCCCAGUGCACAGCACGGUGACUUCUUACAGCUCUGUGCAGUACCCGCUGGGCAUGCGGCUGCCCCUUCCCUUUGGGGAGCUGGACCUCGACUCCAUGACCCCUCCUGCCUACAGCCUGUAUGCCCCUGAGCUGCCACCCUCCUAUGAAGAGGCUGUCAAGAUGGCCAAACCCAGCCAGGAAGAGCCACCCCCCUCUUAGUAACCCAGUCCUCUCCCUGGGGCCUGAGGCCUAGAGACAUCGGCAGGGCUUCAGGAGCCAGGCACCAAUGCCCAGCACCCCUGGCUAUAG